AGAGUAAACGCGAGAGUCGAGGCGGUGGGUAAGAUACGAUAGGCAAACGUAUUUCCUGUACUGUACCUGAUUCUACAUUGUUGUCUUGCCUACUAAGUGUAAACUCACAAGUUGUUAAAUCAGCCCCUGGAAAAUGCAAGCCAUCAAGUGUGUGGUGGUUGGAGAUGGUGCUGUGGGAAAGACAUGCCUGCUCAUCAGCUACACAACCAACGCCUUCCCUGGAGAGUACAUCCCCACAGUGUUUGAUAACUACUCAGCCAAUGUGAUGGUGGACAGUAAGCCAGUGAACCUGGGACUGUGGGAUACAGCAGGACAGGAGGACUAUGACAGACUCAGACCUCUGUCCUAUCCUCAGACGGAUGUGUUCCUCAUCUGUUUCUCUCUGGUGAGCCCAGCAUCGUUUGAGAACGUCAGAGCCAAGUGGUACCCUGAGGUACGACACCACUGCCCCUCCACACCCAUCAUCCUCGUGGGCACCAAGCUGGAUCUGAGGGACGAGAAGGAAACCAUUGAGAAGCUGAAGGAGAAGAAGCUAGCGCCCAUCACCUACCCACAAGGCUUAGCACUAGCCAAAGAGAUAGACUCGGUGAAGUACCUGGAAUGCUCUGCCCUGACCCAGCGGGGGCUGAAGACGGUCUUUGACGAGGCCAUCCGAGCGGUGCUGUGCCCCCAGCCCACCAAGGUGAAGAAACGACCCUGUCUACUCAUCUGAUCUCAGACCUGUGGAUAGACCAAGAGGGAAGGGCUCAGGAAUCACACAACAGCAAAUGUUGAUUUUAGUUAAAUACAAAGUUUGGCAGUUUUACAAAGUGGUCUAAUGUUCAGAUGAGUCAACAUAUGUAGUGUUGAGUCUUGCCAUCUGUAGUGUAUAUCCAGCUAUAAUUACAGUAUAUAGUGUAUGCCUCAAUCCCAAAUGAAUGGAAGAUAGUUGGACCGUCGGAUUGUACCAUUACAGAUGGUGCCUACCUUUCCCACUGGUUGUGGAUUGAGGCAUAUAUCUGUAUCUACAAUUCUUCUCAAUGUUAGACCACUGUUCAGGUCUGAAAACAACCAUCAGACUUUCUGGAGCAUCAAUAUAAAUGUCCUUAAUAUUUUCAAGACAAAUCCUGGAUAUGUACACAUGGAUAAGUGUUGUAGAUUCAUAUAUUGGUAUUGGUUUUGGUUUCUGACUCAUUUUCUUAUACACUUCAUCUAUAUGAUUUGUUAAUGCAGUGACUGGUCCUUACUGUACAAGAAAGACACUGAAAAAUACAUAGACCAAACAAUACAGCGUGUAUAGUCAGAAAUGCAUUGCACCAUCCUAAUAUAAGAAACUUUCUAAAAUGAUCAUGUUGUUUACUCUAUAAAAUGUAUUUUUCGUAUUUUGACAUGAUACAGCAUUCUACUAUAUUUCUAUGGUACCGUAUUACUUUUCUCUCUAUUACAAUUAAAUUAACACAAAAAAAAAACAUGAGUGUGUGUGUGUUUGUGUGUCCCCUUGCCCUCAGAACAGCCUCAAUUCUUCGGGGCAU